GACCCGCGCCCGCGGUGGUGUAGCUCGGUGUAGUAUACAUUAUCUCCACGGGGCCUUGACGUUCCAUCCUCCUUCUCUCCUGCUUUUUCCUUCCCGUCGCCCCCCCAUUCGCUUGAACGAGAAUCGUCGCCCUGUUCGCCCCGGGACAAUGCCCUCCACCACCACCGCCACCACCACCAAGGUGAACGGGGUCAAGCCCUCGGCCAAGGCCAACAUUGGCGUCUACACCAACCCAGCCCAUGACCUUUGGGUCGCAGAUGCGCUCCCAUCGCAAGAAGACGCAGAAAGCGGCAAGGACCUCCAGCCCGGCGAGAUCACGGUGGCCAUCAAGACGACCGGAAUUUGCGGAUCCGAUGUCCACUUCUGGCACCAUGGACGGAUAGGCCCCAUGAUCGUCGAGGACACGCACAUCCUUGGCCACGAGUCCGCGGGCGUGGUGGUGGCCAAGCACCCCUCCGUCAUCACGCACGAGCUCGGCGACCGCGUGGCCGUCGAGCCCAACAUCAUCUGCAACGAGUGCGAGCCCUGUCUCACCGGGCGCUACAAUGGCUGUGAAAAGGUCGCCUUCCGCUCCACCCCGCCCGUCCCCGGCCUGCUGCGGAGAUACGUCAACCACCCCGCCGUCUGGUGCCACAAGAUCGGCGACAUGAGCUACGAGGACGGCGCGCUGCUCGAGCCCCUCUCCGUCGCCCUCGCCGGCAUCCAGCGCGCCAACAUCACCCUCGGCGACAGCGUGCUCAUCUGCGGCGCCGGCCCCAUCGGCCUCGUCACCCUGGCGUGCGUCAAGGCCGCCGGCGCCGAGCCCAUCGUCAUCACUGACAUUGACGAGGGCCGCCUGGCGUUCGCAAAGGAGUUUUGCCCGAGCGUGCGCACGCUCAAGGUCGAGUUUGGCGAUUCGCCGGAGCAGUUUGCCGAGAAGGCGGUCAAGCUUGCGGGCGGAGUGGAGCCGGCGGUUUGCAUGGAAUGCACGGGCGUGGAGUCCUCCGUCGCCGGCGCCAUCCACGCGGCCAAGUUCGGCGGAAAGGUGUUUGUCAUUGGCGUGGGCCGCCCCGAGAUCAAGAUCCCCUUCAUGCGCCUGAGCACGCGCGAGGUCGAUUUGCAGUUCCAGUACCGCUACGCCAACACCUGGCCCCGCGCCAUCCGUUUAUUACAAGGCAAAGUGCUCGACUUGAGCAAGCUGGUGACGCAUCGCUUCCGCCUGGAGGACGCGGUCGAUGCCUUCAAGGUGGCGGCGAAUCCCAAGGAGGGCGGGAUCAAGGUGAUGAUUCACAGCAUGGAGGAGGGCGAGAGAUAGAUGCUUGCUUCUCAGCGAUGUUGACAUGUACAUAGCGUUGUUUUGACUACUUCUUCGCAUUACAUUGUUUCCAUACAAGGCGAAUCAGCACA